UCCCUGUUCCACCACAGAGGGCAAAUGAGCCACCUUGCCAAGAGUGUUUAGUGGCCAGCAUGGGGCAUGACCCCCUCUCCCCCACCCUGGCAUUAUUAGCAUCACACUCUAGCCAGCUAAGCUAGCUGGCCCAAGAAGUUUUCCUCCUCUUGUUAAUCAGAUGACUUGCUUGUCUUGCCCGCUUCCUGUUGUUUCCACUGAAGAACUGAUUAGCCGCGGCCAGCAGGGAAAUCAAACUCAUCUUGUAGCUUGCAGACCUCUUACUUGGCAUAGUGUAACCCACUGGGUAGCCUGUGUUACUGGCCCCCUUCUGUGUCUAUCUACCGAUGUCGUGUGGGUCCCUGGUGCGUCCAGUGAGAGAGCUUUAUCACUAGGUGCAUCGUCUGCUCUCAAUCCUUGAGGCGUUGGCCAAGAGGUGGGGCCUCACCACAGCACCGGAUGCGGGUGUAAUGUUACAUUCCUCAGCUCGGCCCGGCCACGCACAUGGAAAGUGGAACAGCAGCCCCCUGGAAGCAACUCUGCCACCCCUCCGAGGCCUGGUCUACACUGGAGGGGAAGGUCGACCUAAGCUACGCAACGCCGGCUCUGAUGGGGUUAUACGGGAGCAAGCACCGCUCCCCGCCACACACGCAGGCCGAUGCUGCGAAUAGGACAAAGCCUCCGAUAUUGUCCAGGAAGAAACAGCCCCCGCCCCCGCCCCCGUUCAGACAACAUGUUAAUACCUCGCCUCCAAACCAGCCAUCCGCUCAAGCAGAUGAGAACAUUGUGAUUGCACUGUACGAGUUCACCUCCACCAGUGACCGCGACUUGGAGCUGGUCAAGGGAGAGAAACUUCAAAUCCUGAAUAGAGAUGGAGACUGGUGGCUGGCAGAGUCUCUCACCACUGGGAGGAAAGGCUACAUCCCCAGUAACUUCGUCGCACGAGUGGAUACCUUGGAAAUGGAAAAGUGGUAUUUUAACGCGCUCAGCAGAAAAGAAGCCGAGCGGCUGCUGAUGGCGCCUGGCAACAAAAUCGGGUCUUUCCUCGUCAGGGAGAGCGAAACCACGAAAGGUGCCUUCUCACUGUCCGUGAGAGACAGCAGCUCUACUGAGGGCGACAUCAUCAAACACUACCGGAUCCGCUCCUUGGACGGCGGGGGGUAUUACAUCUCCCCCAAGACCUCCUUCUCCUCGCUGCGCCAGCUCGUCCAGCAUUACUGCAACAAAGGGGAUGGUUUGUGCCAGAGGCUGAUCGCGCCGUGCAUAUCCCUGGUUCCCCAGAGGCCCUGGGCAAAGGACGAAUGGGAAAUCCCACGGGAGUCUCUCAAACUUGUGAAGAAACUUGGCGCGGGGCAGUUUGGAGAAGUCUGGAUGGGCUAUUAUAAGAACAAUGUGAAGGUGGCCGUGAAGACCCUCAAGGAGGGCGCCAUGGCGCCCGACGCCUUCCUGGCCGAGGCAAACUUGAUGAAGAUGCUCCAGCAUGACAAGCUGGUCCGGCUGCACGCCGUCGUCACCAAGCAGCCCAUCUACAUUGUCACCGAGUACAUGGCCAACGGGUGCUUGCUGGAGUUCUUGAAGACGGAGGAUGGAAGCCAGCUGUCUCUCCCGAAGCUCAUUGACAUGUCAGCCCAGGUUGCGGAAGGGAUGGCGUACAUCGAGAGAAUGAACUCCAUCCACCGAGACCUGAGAGCAGCCAACAUCCUCGUCUCAGAGAUGCUGUGCUGUAAAAUUGCUGAUUUCGGCCUGGCCAGGAUCAUCGAGAAUGAGUACUUGGCUCAAGAAGGUGCCAAAUUCCCUAUUAAGUGGACAGCACCGGAGGCCAUUAACUAUGGGGUUUUCACAAUCAAAUCGGACGUCUGGUCAUUUGGGAUUCUUCUAACAGAAAUUAUCACUUACGGCAGGAUCCCUUAUCCAGGCAUGACCAACCCCGAGGUGAUUCAGAACCUGGAGCGGGGCUACCGCAUGCCCUGCCCGGACGGCUGCCCCGGCGAGUUCUACGCCGUCAUGCGGAAGUGCUGGCGGGACACGCCGGAGGAGCGGCCCACCUUCGAGUACCUGCAGUCCGUCCUCGAGGACUUUUACACGGCGACGGAGAAGCAGUACGAGCCAGAGCCGGGGCUGUAGCCCGGAGCCUCGUCGCCUCCCGUGGGACCACAACAAACCCGGGCAGACAGCGCUGGGUGGCAGGGAACCUCCACCGGAGCCUACUCCGGCCACUGUGCUUGGGUGCCCCUUGGACCUCUACUCCAGCACCGUCCCUCCCCCUCGUUUGCAUAUGCAGAUCAGCUCCAGAUUGUGCGAGGACGCGAUGCAUUUUGGAAGCAGCUGGGGGCGAGGCGGGACUCCGCAGGCUCUGUCUGCGGGGAGAUGAAAAAAGAGGGGUCAGCAGAUAUCGAGUCACCCCUGGCAGGGGAAUCCCAGUCCACAGGGCCCGUGUCCACCUCACAGUCACUGGCGUCACAAUAGGGACCAGCCGACUCCCUUGUGGGGCAAGGGAUGCCAAGGACUGGCAGGGCCCUGGAGCCUGGCACACUCCCCACCCCCGGAGCCAGGGCCUUCCAGUCAGAGUUGGCAAAUCCUCAAGGGGGAAGCCGGUCUUGGCUCUGUCAGUGCUGCACUGGUUUGGCUGGGGCCUUCGGAAGCCAGGCCGGCCGGUCCAAUCAGUGCCCAUUGCCGGGCAACAAAUAAAGAACCUCGU